UGAGAUUUGGUUCCGUCAAAUUCACAGCUGCACCGGGAAGGAAAACAAGGAAGUGGCCAGAUGGGAUAUUUGAGUGUGCCUUAAGGACAACAUCCUCCCAAAAGUACCUGUUGAGGAUGCUGCUCUCUCCCAGGAGAAACAAGAACGGGACACUGGAAGUCCGUCUGAAUGAACACCAGGCUUGUUGCUGGAUUGUCGCUGGGAAAAUACGUGCACCAUUGGCACGGCUGACUUUGCAAAAUAACAGAAAGUAACACAUUUUAGGAGCCCGUGAGCCAAAAUAUUAACAGUUUCUUUCGUUGCAAGUUGGAUCAUGAAAGUCCUUUCGAAGCUUGUGACGUUUGAGAACCUCCAUGAGGUUUGGAGAUUGUGCCACUGGGGACCGGUCAUCGCCCUGUCCGUCAUCGCCAUAUGCUCCAGCAUUGCUGUCCUGGAUUCCAUAAUCUGGUACUGGCCUCUAGACACCACCGGAGGCAGCAUUAAUUUCAUCAUGCUCAUCAACUGGACCGUCCUCAUCCUCUACAACUACUUCAACGCCAUGUUUGUCGGGCCGGGAUACGUCCCUCUCAGCUGGAAACCGGAGAAUCAAGAGGACAUCGAGUAUUUGCAGUAUUGUAGAGUGUGCCAAGGGUACAAGGCCCCGAGAACCCACCACUGCCGCAAGUGUAACAGGUGCGUGAUGAAGAUGGACCAUCACUGCCCGUGGAUCAACAACUGCUGCGGCCACCUGAACCACGCCUACUUCACCAGCUUCCUACUGCUGGCACCGCUGGGCUGCUUGCACGCUGCCGCCAUCUUCAUCAUGACCAUGUACACGCAGCUCUACGAGAGGAUGUCCUUUGGCUGGAGCACCGUGAAGAUCGACAUGAGCGCCGUGCGUCAGAGCCAGCCUCUCAUGCCCUUCGGCGUUGCCGCCUUUGCCGCAACGCUCUUUGCCUUAGGACUGGCGCUCGGCACCACCAUCGCUGUGGGUAUGCUCUUCGUGAUACAGCUGAAAGUCAUCAUCCGAAACAAAACCUCGAUUGAGUCCUGGAUCGAGGAAAAGGCCAAAGACAGAAUACAGCACUACCAAACCGGAGAAGAGUUCAUUUUCCCAUACGACCUCGGCAGCCGCUGGCUCAACUUCAAGGAAGUGUUCACGUGGACGGGGACGCCGAGAGGUGACGGCAUCGAGUGGCCCGUCCAUCCCAAGUGUCACCAGCACACCUUAACUAUUGAGCAACUGAAGCAAAAAGCCGACAAACGAGUGAGAAGUCAGGUGCAGUACCAAGCCGCGGAGGACUACAACGGAGCCUGCUGCCCCCUCACCAAGGGGAUCCAGACCUUUUUCCGAACCCCUUGUACAGAGGAGCCCAGGAUACCCCUAAAACGGGGAGAUACCAUCCUGGCCACUCGUGGCACCAAGUGGUGGAUGUAUGGCGAUAAAGUUUUGAGCGAGGAGCAAUUGAGCGCGGGUGAGCGCAUCAGGGGGUGGUUUCCACGGCGAUGUGUGGAGAAGUGCCACUAUGACACAGCCGCCAUAGACGGCACCAGCGAGAAGAAAGUCAAUUAACGUGUGCUUUUAUACCAAAACGUCAGUUCUUCAUCACUGUAUGCAGAUGUUGCAAGAUGGCUGCACACAUACUUGGCUCAACUUUUUGAUACAUUUUGACUCGACCCGAGCACUAAAGAGUUCCACCGUAGUCAGUCGUGUGGCCUUCCGUCUCACUUUUCUGAACAAACCCAGCAAGCUUCUUAAUCUCGACCAGUUGCCGGCAGGCUUGUAUGUGAUUACAUAACGUCUUUUCUUGAACAUGUUGUUUUGAACGCGUGCCGAUGUCUGUUUUUUGGCUAAUUAUGCAAUGCCUCUCUGCCCAGCUGAUCCCGGGGCGGCGUCAUGCAACUCUUUCUACUGUACCCAGAUAGCGCCUGAUUUCUUUUUAUUAUUUUUGUAAGAACUUUGUUUGCCUGAGAUUAUAAAACCUGAGAUUUCAAAAAGA